UAAAAAACAUUUCCGUUUCCGGUCUUUUUGAAUUAUUACCGGAUGUGUUGGUGAAACGCGUGAACUGUAAUAUAAUGUAAUCUGCUUUUUAAAUGCAGUUGCAUUGUUUAUUGUGAUUUAUUGUAAGACUGUAAUUUUAACACCUUAUCGUGUCCGAGAACUUUUCACUUUGUCUCCAUGCUCACAUUCGGACCAUUGGUUAGCUAAUGCUCAUGCUAAAACGAGGCUCCGGUCAAUAAUCUAUUACCCUGAGCAUGGCACGGUGAACAUCGCCUUUAGUAAGCUGUCCCAGGUAAACUGUGAGGUAAGACUCAUUACUCGGCUGUUCUGAAUAGUGGUACUGAAAAAGAUAAGUGUUUGCUACGUUGUUUAACACGAAACGGCCCAGCUAUCUGCAUACAAUUACCUGGGUAGUUAGCCAGCUACUUACUUAAGCGUUUACCUAACGUUCAAGUCAUAAAAUGUUCACAGCAUGAGCAGAGGAAUACACUGCAGUCCAGUCGAGCAGUCAAACUCUGUUAUAGCUUCACCUAACUUGCUUAAGUUCGUAUUACUAAACCUGUAGCGGUUGUUAACAUUAUUAAAGCGACUUUUUGGGCAUCUGGCAAGAGAACCGUGAUAUGAAGAUUUAAUUGUUCUUGUGGAAUAGACCAGUUUUUAAGACUACUUUUCAGUGAUGGAGAAGCUAGGAGAGGAAGACACCAGUGCUGGACAAGCAGGAAGUGAAUGUGAGCCUCUAAAAAGUCUGGAUGAUCCUCCCGUGGACUGGUUUGAGCCUCUGGAGGAGGACUGGGAGGACGACGACGAUGCUCAGAGCUGGGAUAUAGAUGGGGCCAGAGAUGCUGAGAUGGAAAGUCUGGCUGGAGAGAGUGAGAGAAGCGGCAGUGUAGCUGGAAGCGAGAGAAACUACAGAAGAAGAGGUGGAGGUGGUGCUGUGGGGAAAAGGAAAAGGAAGUGGCGAUUUGGCUCUGAUGAUGGCUGGGAAGAUUGUGCUGUUCUGGGAGAGGGCUGGAAACGCAAAGUUGUUCUUCGCCGUUCUGGUCUGAGUGUGGGACAGAGAGAUGUCUACUACUUAAGCCCCAAAGGUGAAAGAGUGAGAAGUAAGAUCGAACUGCUCAAAUAUAUUGGGAAUAUUGUGGACCUUACCAACUUUGACUUCAAAACAGGGAGGUUUCUUGAUGAACCUUCAAAAAAAGGAAUGAAGAAGAGGAAGAUGGACCACUCUUCCCCAGCUGACUGUGGAUUCUCCUCGGAAUCCAGCUUUCACAAUGAGGCAGCAGAGGCUUAUGACAGGACCUAUAGCCCAGGCCCUACAUAUAGCCUCAGUCACUUUGCUCAGCAGAGCCUAAGUCCUUCCUCUAGUCAGAAUGAUGUUUCCAGUGUUCCUAGUCUUGGCACAGCUAAUGAGAACCCCAAUCAGCCUCUCUCAAUCCAACCAGCAGCCUCUACAAGGCAGAAUGUGCCUUCUAAAGCAGGAUUUUUUUCACAGACUUUAAAAGUGCCUGCUAACUUGGAGGAUGGACCUGCCUAUAUUCCAUCUAACUCCUGUCUUGGUAUGGAUAACAAGAAGCGAUACAUGGUUCAGGAUGUACUGGCAGUCAUCCUGGGAGAUGACAGUGAAUUUGAGGGCUGUGAAGGUAGCUCAGAUGAAGAUGCUGAAGACCCUGAUUUCACUCCCAGUAACAAAGACAUGGAGGAUGAUGAGUCUGUUGAUACAGACUGUAGUGAAUCCUGUGAUUUAGAUGAAGUCCCUCAGGCAGAUAUGAACCAAGGGCAGCAAAAUACAACUGCCCAACAAAACAAAAUGUUUUCUUGGAGAAAGAAACCUUUUGAAGCCCCUGAGUGCACAUUCAAAGGGCCGAGUGUCACCCCCCCAGACAAUCUUCAUACUCCCCUGGGGUAUUUCAGGAAGUUCAUCACAGCAGAAAUGCUUGAGUUACUAAAGGAGCAAACAAAUUUGUAUAGUGUACAAAAAUCUGCACAUCACAGCAAUGUUGACACCACUGUUAAGGAGCUAGAAAUAUUAAUUGGCCUCUACCUGCGCAUGGGUCUUUGCCAACUGCCAGGAAAUCGUGCUUACUGGGAAACUGACACAAGGUGUGCCAUGGUGGCUGAUAACAUGUCACGUAACCGUUUUCAGACCCUGCUGGCAUCUCUACACUUCACUGAUAACACUGAUUUGUCAAACAGGCAAGUAGAGGAUAAGUGCUGGAAGAUCCGUCCAUGGCUUGAUAUGUUUCGCAAACAAUGCCUAGAGAUUACCCCAGAGGAGUACAACUCUGUUGAUGAGCAAAUGGUGUCUUUCACAGGGACUCACAGCCCAAUUAGGCAGUAUGUCAAGGGCAAGCCCCACCCAUGGGGAUUGAAAAUUUGGGGCCGCUGCACUUCCUCUGGAAUCCUCUGUGAUUUUGCAGUCUGUGAAGUUGGCACUGGGAAAAAAACCUUGCUUGGCAUAGGAGGUGACAUUGUGGUCAAGCUGUGUGAAACUCUCCCACCAAACCAAAACUACAAAGUAUUUGCAGACAACUUUUUUUCUUCAGCACCACUGGUGCUUGAGCUUCUUCAGCGACAGAUCUACUUUGUAGGAACACUCCGCAGCAAUCGCUUGGCUGGUUGUCAGCUUGAAGAUGAGAAAAGUCUUGCCAAGAGAGGUAGAGGAUCUGUUGAUGCCAGGGUGGAGAAAGAGGAACGCAUGACCAUUGUCAAGUGGUACGACAACAGAUCUGUUACCCUGAUCUCAUCCUACUGUGCAGUUGAACCUCAAGACAAAGCUCGACGCUGGAGCAAAUCAAACAAAGCAUUUGUGGAAGUUAACAGGCCACACAUUGUGAAGGAGUACAACACGUUCAUGGGGGGGGUUGACCUCCAAGAUGCACGCGUUGCAAGGUACAAGUACCACAUGAGGUCACGGAGGUGGUACCUCUACCUGUUCUGGCAAACCAUAAUGCUCGCCAUUGUCAAUGCAUGGCUGAUCUACUGCCGUGACUGUAAACUACUUGGUGUCCACAAGCCACUGAAACAAAGGAGCUUCCAGGCUGAGGUUGCAACUAGCCUUAUUCUCCUGCAUUCACAAAGGGGCCGCCCAUCACUCAACACCACAACUCCACGAUCACCUCCCAAGAGAGUUUGUGUUGGAGUUCCAGAUGAUGUUCGUACGGACCAGGUUGCACACUGGCCUGUGAAAUAUGACAAGCGUGGUCGUUGCAAAUUCUGCAAAAUCAAUGCAACUUCCACCCUCUGUGAGAAAUGCAAUGUGCGUCUUUGUUUCACAGAGGAAAGAAAUUGCUUCAAAUUUUUCCAUUUGGCCUAGGUUAUUGCCACAUAAACAAGUUUUGUUCCUACACUCUUCUGAGAUAUGUGUUCUAUCAAGUUUGCUACAUAACUCUGUUGGUCAGGUUUGUACAGCUACAGUAACUUGUUGAAAAUCCCUCCAAUAUGAGGCAGUUUUAUUUAUUUUUAUUCAGUUAGCACAUUUUUUGUUUUGUAAAACAAAUCUGAGAAAAUUAUUUUGUUGUUAACCCUCAGAGGUAAACUUAGUAAUGAUAUUGUGGAAAUGCAAAUAAAAAGGCAAAAAACACUGUCAGGCUGAUUUAUUUUCAGAUAAGGAAUAAAUUUACCAUUAACACCCAAAGUGACAGAUGUCAAAUUACAGAUUUUUGACAGUAGGGGGCAGUAUUUUUGAAAAAAAAAUUCAAACGUCUUCUAUUUACUCUGUUUUGUCUGCCAAUUUUUUUCUUGAAGGAGAAAUGGUUCCAGCUGCUUAACGCCCAUUGUGACAUAUAUGUAACAUUACAGAUCUCUGUCAGCAGGGGGUGGUAAAAAAAAAUUCAGAAAUGUGUUAUUUGGCAUCUAUUUAGUCUACCUAUUUGUGUUAUGUCCCCCAUAAUUUUGCUUGAAGGAGAAAGGGGUCUGGGUUCUUAUGGGUUAAGCAUCAGUCAUAAAUUAUUGACAAUGUGUGUGCAUGUGUAAAAAUAGUACAGGUUUAAAGCAAUUGGAAUUACCCCUAGCUCUUUUAUAAUAGUCAAGUGAUCAUUAUUUGCAAGUAGAACUACCCUAGUUUCUGAAUUAAGUUUUCCCUUAUAGAUUCAAGGCUACUAAAUCAAAUUGUAUGAUGUGUGAUUCAGAGGUAUAGUCAAAUUCCAAAUUGUUACUGUAUCAUAAUCAUUCAUAUUGUAUUGUGUGGAAGCCUAAAGUGUACACUUCUUGCGUAUUACAUGUGAUUUGUGUUUUUAAAUUGGAAAUAUUGAGAAAAAAAUAAACAUUUACUGUAUGCAUUCUUUUCUGUCAGCGUCUGUGUAAGAUGUAGGAACUCAUUUACAAGUGUAGAGGGACAGACUAUGUG